AUGGCGGACGAAGAUUUUAGUAAAUUACUCCAGCAAGCAGAGCAGUUGACAACGGAAAUUGAGGGUAAUGAAGAACUGCCCAGGGUCGAACGCUCUUUAGGGCAAGUGUUGGAAGCUUCGCAGGAAUUGUACUCGCGGGUCAUACAAUCUGGUACUAAUGAUAUCCAAGCACAUCUAUUAUUUGGAUCCAAAGGAAUUGAUCUGAAGCAGAUAUCACAAAAGUUAGAAACAUUAAGUGCAAAACGCACUUUUGAGCCUCUUCAGCCAAUAGCAGAUUCUGAUAUUGAAAGCUUCCUGAGAAAUGAGAGGGAAAAUGCAAUAUUAUCCCUUAUUGAUGAGGUUAAUGAGAAUUCUUUACAAACUACUGAGGAUCAAAAGUGGGAACACAUGCUCUCAGAAUGGAACAGGGAAAAAAUUAAGCUCAUGAAUGCAAUGAUAGGACCCUCUCAGAACUGGCUGGACCUGAAGCGCACACCAGAACCUCCAAGUAUUGCAGACACUCCUAAGAAAUUUGGUCAAUCAAUGUUGGAUAAUGUUGAAGCGGCAUAUGCCAGACAAGUGCAUCAGUACAACAAAGUUGUUAUCAUGCAAGUGGGGAAAGCAGGAGUGGAAUUGCAUCAAAAGUUUGCUCAGGCUGCAGAGGAAUUUAAUGAUCCUAAAGUAAAAGAAAUGUGGGAAAUUACAAAGACUAUGGCCAACAUUCCAGCGUUAGUUAGAGAUGAAGACCCACUUAAGGCAAGAGGGAAUCCAGCCAUUCAACAGUGUCUUGUAGCACAAGGAAAGAAAUAUUUGGAAAAGAGAUAUAAACAAUAUAUGAGUGACGUAGUGCGUGCAAACCCAGCGGCCGCUAUGAGAGGCGGCGAGCCCGGCACUUAUCCAUUAGUACGUGGCUUUGUGGGUCUGCGCCUGCAGGGUCAGAACAUUCAGGUGCUCACUGACGGUGUGAUCGACGAACGGCCCUUGUGGCCGAUGGUAUAUUAUUGUUUGAGAAGUGGAGAUGCUAAUGCAGCUUUACAUUGUUUGAGGAAAGCUGGUCGGGAUCAUGAAGAAUUCAUAGCUGCUUUGGAGGAGCAUAUAAGAGACCCAGAAAAACCUUUAAGUGAUAAAUUACAAACUGCCAUCAACUUCCAAUACAGAAUUCAAGUUCGCAACUCGACAGAUCCAUAUAAAAGAGCUGUAUACUGUGCCAUAGGUUGUUGUGACAUCAGCGAUGAACACUACGAGGUAGCUCGCACGGCAGAUGACUAUCUCUGGUUGAAACUGUCAUUCAUAAAAUCACGAACCAAUAAUGAAACAGAAACAUUCUCCUACUCUGAUCUACAGAAAUUAAUUUUAGAAGAAUAUGGUGAAACUCAUUACCAUGCGUAUGAAAAACCAGUUGUUUACUUCCAAAUGUUAACUUUGACGGGACAGUUUGAACCUGCUAUAGAAUUUUUGUCACGGAUUCCAAGAUAUCAAGUACAUGGCGUCCACAUGGCCUUAGCUCUUCAUGACUUGUACAUGUUGGGUACUCCGAGAAAUGUUCAAGCUCCUUUACUUUCCGUUGAUACGGACGAUCCGGCUCCAUUACGGCGACUGAAUUUGGCAAGACUUCUAUUACUUUAUGUUAGAAAAUUCGAACUCACUGAUCCAUCGGAUGCUCUCCACUACUAUUUCUUCUUAAGGAACCUUAAAGACCCCAGUGGUAAAAAUUUAUUCAUGUGCUGUUGUACUGAUUUGGCACUAGAGAGUAGAGAUUAUGACCUACUGUUUGGUCGAAUGGAUGCUAAUACGGGUCUUCGCAGUCAAGGUUUAUUAGAUCAAUUCAACAACAACCAAAUUGACAGUAAGGUCAUUGCUAUCAAUGUAGCAGAACAAUUAGUCAAUAAAGGUCUCUUUGAAGAUGCCAUUACAAUGUACGACAUUGCUGGGAAUUUAGAAAAAGUCCUGGAAUUAUUCUGUGUGCUGUUAGCCCAAGUGGUGAACAGCGGAGGAGGCGCAGGCGGUCUCAGGGAAAGAUUGUCACUUCUGGCCGAGCACGUGUCUCGAAGACUGCGAUUUUCAGAUGCUACAAACUUGCCUGCCGCUCUUCUCGAGGCAUAUAAAAAGUUGUGCAAAUUGAUGGCAUUUUUUGACCAAUUCCAUAGUGAAAAUUACGAAGGAGCCCUGGAGACGCUGCGUGAAUGCGCGCUGGUGCCGCUGAGUGCUGGCGAGCUGGAGGCGCGCGUGUCGGCGGCGCGGAAUGCGCGCGGCGAGCUGCUACGGAGCCUGCCCGCCGUGCUGCGCGCGCUCUGCACCAUCCUGCUGCACCAGCGCCAGCGCCUGCGCACCACUGCCGCCGCACAGGCCAGGGGGCUCAACACUAACAACCAAGUAGAGUGGUUGCGUGAACAAGCAGAAGUGUUGAACACUUUCGCGGGAAGCAUCGCUUACAGAAUGCCCGGAGAUACCUACAGCCAACUAGCACAAAUGCAGAUCCUUAUGCACUAAAAUGAGGUUAAUAAUAAAAAAAAAUUACACCAAUUUAGUAAUUAAUUUAAUAAUAAAAUUAUUUUCAAAAUAA